AUCUUCUCGCCGCGGGUCAACGGAGUUGCGAGAGAUCGACAUUCUCGCUGUCACUGUCGCGUGGCAAACAACUCCUUUUUGGAGUUCUUUCCUUUGGAGUUUUUAAGACAUUUCGUGUUCACUUUAACUCGUGUUUUCACGGGGAAGAAAAAAUGGGACUCACGAUCAGCAGUUUGCUCACCCGGCUCUUCGGUAAGAAGCAGAUGCGCAUAUUGAUGGUGGGCCUGGAUGCCGCCGGUAAAACUACCAUACUCUACAAGUUGAAGCUCGGUGAGAUUGUCACCACUAUACCUACCAUCGGCUUCAAUGUUGAGACAGUCGAGUACAGAAACAUUUGUUUCACCGUAUGGGAUGUUGGUGGUCAGGAUAAGAUCCGGCCACUCUGGAGACACUACUUUCAGAAUACUCAAGGCCUCAUCUAUGUGGUAGACAGUAACGAUCGAGAGCGUAUUGGUGAAGCGGAACGCGAGCUGGCGAACAUGUUGAAAGAGGAUGAGCUACGAGAUGCGGUAUUGCUGGUAUUUGCUAACAAACAGGAUCUGCCGAAUGCCAUGUCCGCUGCCGAACUUACAGACAAACUGGGCCUGAAUUCGCUACGAGGUCGUCAUUGGUACAUCCAAAGUACUUGUGCCACUCAGGGACAUGGACUGUAUGAAGGUCUAGACUGGUUGAGUAAUGAGCUGGCUAAAAAGUGAUAACACCUCACUAUAAUUGGUAUUCUUAAGGACAGUUUAUUCAUCUGGUAUGGACAUAGGAGGCGAAAAUCACUCAGCGAUUUCCAUCUUUGUCAAAUUGUAUUAAUGUAACAUGUACAGUUUAAUUACUGCAGUCACUGCAAUUAUAAUUACUUACAGAAAUUGACAUGAAAACGAAGGAAAUUAGAGCAAUCUGUCAACUUUUUUAUCAUCUAGAUACAGUAAAAUUCUUGUGAACCAUGUUUUAGAAGUAAAACUUGUUUCAUAGAAAAAAAAUGAAGACAUUAGGACGUGAUAGUUAUUCUUGCAUCAUUUAUAAGAUUAUAUAUGUAAAGGUUGUACAUAGUUCUAAGUUCCUUCAUAUAUACUGUUCAUCAAAUGAAUUCUAAUUUUGUUCUUUAGCGUACAUUGAGUGAUAAAGUAUCAUCAAUUGAUUUAAAUGCGGAGAAUUUAUUUAUUUUUAUGUUAUUACAUGAAAAACUAUUGAAUGUAAGUUUAUUCUUUAUAUUUUAGUUUACAUCUUCCUGCAGUUCAUCAGGAAUAACAUUAUGUGAUUAUAUACAAGUGGUUCACUUUCCUGUUUUGGAAUAAACAAGUAAAUUUUGAGAUAAGUACUGCUAACUUAUAAGACUUGCAGAUAAUUAUCUGAUUAUAUAAUUUUAAUACUAUCGAAGAAAAUAAAGCUUAAUUAAGAUUCUUGA